AUGAAUACCGAGAAUCGUUACCCUGUAACAGCCUCGUUAUUUAUGCUUCGAGAGAUCAAACACCGUCAGGAGCAAGUGCAUCGAGGGUACCAGCUCUUGAGGCGUAAGGCCGAGGCUCUGCGUCUUCGAGGAAGGCAGGCGGCAGCUGAGCUUGCUUCCACCCAGGCCAUCCUAGGGCACACCUUGAGGGAGGCCUACAUAUCGCUGGCUGCUGUCAAGUUCACUAACGGAGAGUCUAAUGCGAUGGUGUUGGAGAAUAUUGGCCAGGCUCAAGUCAGAGUCCAGCGAAUCCCAGAAAACAUAUCCGGAGUCGCUACUGUCUCCUUACAAGCGGUAGAAGACGCGACCGUGAGUGAUGCCCUGCGGUAUGCCGGCUUAGGUGCAGGAGGCCACCGCACUGGUGAAGCCAAGAAGGCCUUCCGCGAAGCCGUGCUCACACUCAUCAAGUUCGCUUCCUUGAGGAACACCUGCAUUCUUCUGGACGAGGCAAUCCGGACUACUCUCAGAAAAGUAAACGGCAUUGAAAAGGUUAUCAUGCCGAAGUUACGCAAUACUGAAAAUUAUAUUUUGAUGGAAAUGGAUGAAAGGGAGAGGGAGGAAUUCCACCGCUUGAAAAUGGUGAAGGCAAAGAAAAAUCGCACGCAAGCGUUCGCGGCCCGUGCAGAAGCCACUUGCAAAGCUAUUGGCGAAAGCGAAACUAGUGACUUGUUGAGCACUCCCUCCGUGUCCCGCAUCCGAUCCCUUGAGUGCCUGACGGUGGCGAGCAUCCUCUACCCUUGCACCGCCAUUUCCUCCACCACGGACUCUGCGGGCGACUUCAAGCCCGUCUGCUACCCUCAUAACUGGGACGACGAUGAUUUGCUUUUCUAAAGUUACGUUACC